AUGGAACGGCUGUGGUUGUCUUUGCUGUUGCUGGCGGCAGCAUGCAAGGGACAGCAAUGUCCAAAACGUUGUAUGUGCCAGGGCCUUUCACCAUCGCUUGCUAUACUGUGCUCUAAAACAGGCUUGCUAUUUGUCCCUGUUGCCAUAGACCGACGUACCGUGGAGCUCCGGCUUCAAGAGAACUUCAUCACAGCUGUUCGUAGGAAGGACUUUGCUAACAUGACCAGCCUGUUGCAUCUGACUCUGUCCAGAAAUACCAUCAGUCAGAUCCUUCCCUCAGCUUUCAGUGACCUUCGGCGACUAAGAGCGCUCCAUUUAGACUCAAAUAGAUUAACUGUUAUUAAGGAUGAUCAUUUCAAAGGCCUUACCAACCUUCGCCAUUUAAUUCUGGCCAAUAACCAACUCCAUGCCAUAUCUCCCCAUGCUUUUGAUGACUUCCUGUCCACACUAGAGGAUUUGGACCUUAGCUACAAUAAUCUCAUAAAAGUUCCUUGGGACACAAUUGGCCGCCUCACAAAUGUCAAUACUUUAAAUAUGGAUCAUAAUCUUAUUGAAAAUGUUCCCCAAGGUGUUUUUACCAACCUACACAAACUUGCUAGAUUGGACAUGACAUCUAAUAAAUUGAAAAAAAUUCCUCCUGACCCCCUAUUCCUGAGAAUCCCAGUUUAUGCAAAAUCUAAAGGCAGCCCCCUGUCAUCCUUGGUUUUGAGUUUUGGUGGAAACCCACUCCAUUGCAAUUGCGAACUCUUGUGGUUGAGAAGACUGACCCGAGAGGAUGAUUUGGAGACGUGUGCGUCACCUCAAGACCUUAGUGCCAAAUACUUCUGGACAAUACCUGAAGAGGAAUUUAUUUGUGAUCCACCAGUGUUAACCCGUAAAUCGCCCCAGACUGUGUCAUUAGAGGGCCAACCUACCAGUCUCAAAUGCAAAGCAAAUGGGGAUCCAGAACCAGAAGUGCACUGGAUCAGUCCAGAAGGGAGACUAAUAUCUAAUGGCACAAGAACAUUGGUUUUCCCUAAUGGAAGCUUGGAGAUCAAUGUCACAUCACUGAAGGAUUCUGGAAACUUCACUUGCAUUGCCUCUAAUGCAGCAGGUGAAUCCACAGGAAGAGUGGAACUGGUUGUUACACCAAUGCCCCAUCUAGCAAAUAGCACAAGUCGUAGCAGAGACCCAUCAGAGGCCAGAGAACCUGCCCCUUCUGACAUUCUAACCUCGUCUAAAGCCUUGAUGCCGAACAAUGAGACCAGAGCAGGAGAUCGUAGGGUUUCCUUGGUGGAGCUGACUGGAAACUCUGCCCUCAUUAGAUGGAGCAGUCAGACAACUAUGUCAGGUGUCAGGAUGUUCCAAGUCCAGUACAACAGCUCAGGGGAUGACACACUGGUGUACAGGAUGAUUCCCUCCAGCACCAAUGACUUCCUGGUUCGUGACCUCGCUGCUGGGAGAAGCUAUGACCUGUGCGUCCUUGCCGUGUUCGACGAUGUUGUCACCUCACUGACUGCAACACGUCCUCUGGGUUGCUUGUCAUUCACAACUGACACAGAGUUCAGCCAGUGUCAGGCAUUACAUAGUCACUUCUUGGGAGGAACAAUGAUCAUCAUCAUCGGUGGAAUUAUAGUGGCGUCUGUUCUGGUUUUUAUUAUUAUCCUGAUGAUAAGAUACAAGGUUUAUAGCCAUCAAGGGACAGCCCAUAGAAAAGCUGCUAUUUCUGCACCCGUGCCAAGACAGCAGAGCAAUGGCCAGGGUGCUGGUGGUCAGGCCCAAGUCUUGCCCCGCUCUGCUUCAAAAAUGACAGACAGUCAGGACGAAGACACAGUGGGUCCAUCUGGGGCCGUGUCACCUAGCAACACUCUGAGAGACACUGUUGCAUUGGUCGUGGAGGAGGCCAGCGGGCGGAACAGAAUGACACGGACUGACUCUACAGCCAAUGAGGAGUUGCUCUCACCCAACAAGGCCCGCUUCAGCGCGAGGGUUGCCAUUGAGAUGAAAAACAGACCGCCAUCUGUCGCCAAAGAGCCCACCUCCCCCAAGGAGCUGGCAGGUAGACAGCCCACAGACAAGGAGCACAUAUAUCUGAGGGGUCUUAAAUAA